UCAAAGCCCUACUCCUCUCUCUCUCUCUCUCUCUCUCUCUCUCUUCCAAUUAUCAAAGCCUCACUCCAUCCCCUAUCUAGGCGCUCUCUCUCUCUCUCUCUCUCUCUCUCUCUCUGUAACGAGCACCCACAUACGAGUCUCCGUCUAUGCAUGAAGGCUGCCUCGCGCACAUGACCAUGGCAGUCCGAGCGAUGAACACCUGUUCAAUCUUCCGCUCCGCUUCUUCCCCACCCUUCGCUUCUCUCGGAUGCCGCCUCCACCGAUUCCCAGCCUUGCAUUGUCGUAGGCACCCGCAAUUAGGGUUUAGAAUCUCAGUUUUCCAGUCCAGUCAAAACCACAACCCCUUCGGCCGUGCUGUUAUCCGAAGCUACCACGUUCAAAGUCUCGUCGACACCGUCACGGAACAGCUCGAAGCCUUACGCAAACGGCAUCGGAUUCGUGCCACUUGCAAAAUGGGAGUAGCAAGCUCUGGGGAGCUUCUUGAAGAUAAACUUGAAAAGCAAGCACUAAGAGAAGGGCUUCUGCUUGAGUUCAAGAAAGAUUCUGAAAGGUUAUUGCUAGCAGUUGCUCGGAGACGCGAUGGCAAGAAGAAUUGGAUGGUCUCCGAUCAGUAUGGUGGCACAACAUCCAUCAAACCCCAACAAGUAACUUUUAUUGUUCCUGGUGCUGAGAAUUUCGAUCAUACAGAUAUAUCAGAUUUUCUCCAGAAAGCUCAAAAUAACUUGGAUCCCUCACUGCUCGAGUGUGCCUGGAUUGAGCUUCAUGAAAAGAAUAAAACAGUGACUGUGGAGGAGUUAGCUGAGAUAAUUUUUGGUAGUGCGGAACCUCUUGAGAGCUAUUGUGCCCAUCUUUUGCUUUCAAAAGAUGAAGUUUACUUCACAGUAUUGGAGGGGAAAAGUUCCUUUUGUGUUUAUGGGCCUCGGCCUGCUAUGCAGGUAGAAGAACUUCUGCAUAAAAAGCUUGCUAAGGAGGCAGCUGAGAAGGAAUUGCAGGAUUUCUUGCAGUUAUUGAAAUCUACCAAGACACGGCCUUCGCAUGAAAAACCUCCCAAAUCUUCAUGGGAGAAUGAGGAGAAAAUUCAACACAAAAUUAAAUCUCUUGAAGCUUAUGCUAUUGAUGCUUGCGAAACUGAUGACCAAAAGAAAACCGCGGGAAUGAUUUUGAAGGCAAUGGGGCUAGCGAAGACAUCAGCUUCAGCAUUAAAGCUCCUCAUAGAUAUUGGGUAUUUUCCGGUUCACGUCAAUCUGGAUCUGUUAAAGUUGAACAUUCGUACUGAUCAUUCAGACGAGAUUAUAUCAGCUGCUGAAAGAGUUCUAUCAGAAGCAUCAGACCCAGAUGAACUUGACAGAAUUGAUCUAACUCACCUGAAGGUCUAUGCAAUUGAUGUUGAUGAGGCUGACGAGCUUGAUGAUGCUCUAAGUGUAACAAGGUUGAUGGAUGGCCGGAUCAAAGUGUGGAUACAUGUUGCAGAUCCAGCUAGCUUAGUUCAACCUGGGAGCAUAGUAGACAGAGAGGCCAUGAAACGAGGAACUUCUGUUUUCUUGCCAACUGCUACUUAUUCUAUGUUUCCUGAGAAACUUGCCAUGGAGGGAAUGAGCAUGAAGCAAGGAGAGCUUUGCAAAGCUGUUACUGUGUCUGUUGUAUUGCAUACUGAUGGCAGUAUAGCAGAAUAUGAGGUGGAUAAUACUACUAUUAAGCCCACCUAUAUGCUGACUUAUGAGAGUGCAUCUGAGCUUCUAUAUAUGAACCUAGAAGAGGAGGUUGAACUGAAAAUUCUGUCUCAGGCUGCGGCUCUCCGGUUUCGAUGGCGUCGGACACAGGGUGCAAUUGACACAUCGACAUUUGAAUCAAGAAUUAAGGUCCUUAACCCAGAUGAUCCAGAUCCAUCAAUCACUCUAUAUGUUGAAGACCAGGCUGACCCUGCAAUGCGACUUGUCUCUGAGAUGAUGAUACUGUGCGGAGAAGCUAUAGCAACUUAUGGUUCUUUUCAUAACAUUCCAUUACCCUUCAGAGGACAACCCCAAUCAAAUAUUGAUGUAUCUGCAUUUUCCCAUCUGCCUGAAGGACCGGUUAGGAGUGCUGCUAUUGUUAAAAUAAUGCGUGCAGCUGAGAUGGAUUUCAGGAACCCUAUACGGCAUGGUAUCUUGGGGAUUCCUGGUUACGUUCAGUUCACAUCUCCCAUUCGCAGAUAUAUGGAUCUUCUUGCUCAUUAUCAGGUAAAGGCCUUUCUUAGAGGUGAUUCUCCACCUUAUUCAGCUGGUCAGCUUGAAGGGAUGGCAUGCUUAGUGAACAUGAAUGUUAGAUUAGUAAAGAAGCUAUACAACAGCAGCCUUCGGUACUGGAUAUUAGAAUAUUUACGGCAGCAACCAAACGAAGCAACAUUUCGUGGUUUGAUCCUCAGAUUCAUCAAAGAUAGGAUGGCAGCCAUAUUGUUAGUUGAGGUAGGAAUGCAAGCUUCUGCAGAGGUUUCUGUAGGGCUGCAUGUUGGUGAUGUAGUGAAAUUUCAGGUGGAAGAAGCUCAUCCACGUGAUGAUUUUCUCUCUUUGAAGGAGGUUGAUGAAUGGGCAUAAAGAUGAUUUUUUACCACAUGAAGUAGACAUCAGACACAUACCUUCUCGAUAUUGCAAAGAUUUGUGAAACUGCCAGUUAAGAGUGUGGUCUUUCCAUGUGAACCCACCAUAGCUAUCAGUUUUGGAAACAAAUUCUCUUAUGGGGCGGUAUCUCACAAAUUUGCUAGAGGAGGAUUAUUUAGGGUCCAAAGGGGCCCCAAGCUGGAUGGAUUUUGCAGCUGUGGGAGGCCCAUACUUUGGGACUCGUUUCUCUGUUGUUGAUCGAAGCUGACAUUUUACAGGCACUUGCAUUCUCAGACGGUGAUCAGCCAGCCUAGGUUGUGUCAGGGGUAUGUAUUGUUGUUUCAAAUUGCUAUCUUUGCUACCUUGAUUAUGUGAUUCGUCUCCAUUAAUAUAUUAGUGAAAAAUGAGUGCACGUGAGAUUUUCACCCACUUACGUGUCUUACUUUCUUUUCAUUUUCGCCCAUAAAUUUUUUUUUUUUUUGAGCGGUGUGAAUUUCUCUCUAUGGAUUUGUGAACAGGACAUACAAUUCUGUAGGUUCUGAUAUAUAUUGCCAAUUGUACAUCUAUUUUUCAUAGAUUAA